AUGGGCUCGAGAGCGGACACUUAUACGCCCGGGGCCCGCGUCAGCACGCGCAAGUCGACGCUCAGGCUCUCGGAGAGGGAGUACGAGAAGAUCACUGGCACCAUCGCCUCUGUGAGACGGCACCGACAACGGAUCGAAGAUGGAAUCGAGGACUCGACCGAGAGCGAUGCUCGGGAUAUUCGACGGAAGAGACCAGGGAACGAUCGCAACGAGCCCUCUUUCAUCGCGGAAACGAGCUUUGUACGCGCACCCCUCAACUCGCGCGUGGACGUACACGUCAGCGGCGCGUCAUCCUCCUCGAAAUCGAAAGGAAAGGGUAAGGAGAGGGAGGAGAGUCUCGCUGGUUUACCCCUGGAGAUACAGGAGGCGUUGAUACUGGAGGAUCUGUUGUACGUGCUGAUGGGCAUAGAAGGAACCUAUAUCACCCUUCCGCCGGAUUAUUCCAUAGACGAAGACGAUCCUCUCCAGGGAAUACACUACGUCGUAUCGACAACACUCGACCCUUCAUUACGCGAUCUUGUCGAACGCAUACUUCCGCUGGGCACAUACUAUACCGCCAUCUCGUCCUUUGUGGAAGCACGCUCGCAUCUUGAUCAUGGCCUGGUCAACCACGCGCUCUGCGCAUCUAUCCGCUCCAUGCUCAAGGACUACCUGACGCUCCUCACCCAACUCGAGCACGCCUUCACCUCCUCGCCCACCUUCUCCCUCCAAAAACUCUGGUUCUACGUACAUCCCACCACGCACACCCUCUCCCUCCUCUACACGCUCAUCACCGACCUCGCCACCGCCGCCGCCUCCCCCGACGGCGACGGCGCCUCCUCCUCCUCCUCGUCUUCCUCCGAAGACGAAGACGACGCGCUCGGGCUCGGCGGCGCCAAGCUCAAAGCCGUCCUCUCCGAGAUCGCCGGCACCGCCGACUCGGGCAUCGCCGUCAAAGGCGGCGAGGUCCUCGCCGUCCUCCACGACCGGCUCGAGCACACCGCGGGCGACCCCGCCGCGCGCACGCUGUACGGCACCCUCCUCCGCGACGCGGGCCGGCCGUACGUCGGGAUGCUGCGCACGUGGGUGAGCAGCGGGAAGCUGAGCGACCCCUACGACGAGUUUUGCGUGAAGGAGAGCGCGUUCAUCGACCGCGGCACGCUCGAGGUGGACUAUACGGACGAGUAUUGGGAGAGGCGGUAUACGCUCAGGGACGGGUCGACGCUGGCGGCGCCGUCGAGGAGGCAGGCGGGGGUGCCGCCGCCGCGCGCGGGGAGCGGGAGGUUGCCGGGCGGGGCGUGCGUGCCGCCGCUGUUGGAGGCGUGGAAGCAUAAGGUGCUGCUGGCGGGGAAGUAUCUGAACGUGAUCAGGGAGUGCGGGAUCGGGAUCGGGCGGGAGGGGCUGGGCGGCGAGACCGAGGGUGGUGCGGACGGGGAUCUGUCGAUGGACGACGAAAGGUUGUACAAGUUCAUCGAGGCCGCGUAUACGCAUGCGAACCGGACGCUGCUGCAGUUACUCCUGCGCGACCAGUACUUGCUCCCGCGCUUGCGCUCGCUCAAGCGCUUCUUCUUCCUCUCCCAGUCGUCCUUCCUCACCCACUUCCUCGACCUCGCGCACUCCGAGCUCCGCAAGUCGGCCCGGUCCGCGAGCCUCGUCAAGCUCCAGAGCCUGCUCGAGCUCAGCCUCAACACCGGCGGUGAGGGCGGGAAGGGCGAGGGCGAAAACGCGUCGUUCAGAGACGACGUGCGGGUGUCCAUCGCUGGCAGCGGUCUGUACGAGUGGUUGUUGAAGGUGGUGAGCGUGACGGGCGUGGUGCCCGGCGGAGGGGAGGAGGGGGCGGACGGGGGCGGGAUCGACGCGGCGCAUCAGGAGGACCAUAGGAGAGAGAGGGAGAAGGACGACAAGAAGCAGAUCCUAGCCAUCGACGCGCUGGCGCUGGAUUACAACGUCAAGUUCCCGCUCUCGCUCGUCGUCUCGCGCAAGACGAUCCUGCGCUACCAGCUCAUCUUCCGCUUCCUGCUGCACCUCAAGCACGUCGAGCAGUCGCUCGCCGCGAUGUGGAUCGAGCAGAAGACGCUCCCGUGGCGGAAGAUGCCGCCGAGCGCACCGGGCGCGGACCGGCCCGGCGGCGACUUCGAGGCGUGGCGGCUGCGCGUGUUCCUGCUCCGGGCGCGGAUGCUGAGCUUCGUGCAGCAGAUCCUCGCGUUCGCGACGUUCGAGGUGCUCGAGCCCAACUGGCGCGCGCUCGAGAAGAAGCUCGAGAAGGUGAACACGGUCGACCAGCUGUUGAAGGACCACGUCGAUUUCUUGGACACGUGCCUGAAGGAGUGCAUGCUGACGUCGGCGAAGUUGCUGAAGGCGUAUUCGCGGCUGAUCGUCACGUGCUCGACGUUCGCGCUGUACGCGGCGUCGUUCACCAAGUCGGCGAACCAGGCGCUCGCUGCUGCUGAGAGCGCGGAGGGAGACCCGGCGAUGGAGAAGCGCUGGGACUUCCUGAGCAAGUUCGAGAGGAACUUCGAUCACUGGUUCAAGGUCCAUCUCGACUGCGUUCAGUUCUACGCCUCCAGCGAGAACGUGUCUCUUUUGCCUCUGGUGGUCCGUCUGAGUAGCAUCAGGAAAGCGACUUGA